CGUCGUUAUCGGGCACUAACUCACGUCAUAUGAUCGGCUCGGUGGUUUCAGAAUUCGGGAAUCACUGGGUUAGAAUAGAAUCCUGAGAUAAAAUUCUUUAUUCAAGUGAAUUCCUUCGUCUUUACAUCAGUGAAAAAAUGUUAAAAGUCAUAUUCCUGGCGGCGUUUGCCGUUGGCACAGUUCUGGCCGAUGGAGAGCUCAUCAUCCUCAAUAAUCCUGGUAGUGUUCAUUUCGAAGGGUCGCAGGCCACAAACCAGAGCUUUCUGAAGGAAGUUUUCACUGUUGUUCUUGGAUAUACUCCCAAAUUGACGCAACCAUGGGAUGGAGUCGAAAUCAGAGAUCCUUUUCUACUGCCAGAGGCCCUCGUGAGCAUUGUCAUCGAGGGAGUGGAAUCUGUCAAAUCACCUAGAGGCAAACAUUUUCCUCUGAAUGUCGACGAAGUGGAGGAAGUCACGUGGCAGGCUGUCUCUCGUCGUCUGGAGGAAAGGGAUACCAAUAACACUCUUGUUAGGAUCCGUGUUGGCGAUGGCCUUGAUGCUUUGGGUCAAUCUGCUCUUGGGGAGCUCAAGCCAAACUCCGUGGAUCCUGCCUCUCUGAAGCACCUCAGCCUGAACAAUGAGGAAGAUCAGAAAUUCAUUGAAGAGCUCCAGCUGCUCCGAGCAAUCGCCCAGAAGAUUCCCUCGACUGUGACAGCCAAUUCAAAGCCAGACGUUUACUGGUUCGUCGUUUCUGGACUGCGACCAGUGAUGGACUUGCAUGGGAAAGACUCAGAGGCCACCAAGGAGGCCCUCAAGCUUCUCAAUGAUGCUGUCAAUGACCUCUCCAACGCCUUCACCGAUAUCUAUAACGGACAGGUGGUCGUCGCACUCUUCACCAACGACGCCAAUAAGCUACGUAAUACCCGAUCUGUGGAGUCACCACGUGUACGAAGGGAAGAGAAGGCAGGAGAACUCGAAACUUUUGACGCAGCUGCCCAAAACUCCAGCGAUAAUUUGAACACAAUUGAAAAGAGCAUACAAAAGCUGGCGACUGAUACCGAGGGGCUCGUUGAGCAAAUCGUCGAUGCAUUGGAAACAACGACCCAAGACUCUGAGAAAUCGACCACAGAGUCUGAUUUGGAAGAGCGGAAAGACGACAUUGACUCGAUGCAUAGUAGUGAAAAUGAUUAUGAUCCUGGAAAGCCAAUUACGUUGAGACUCUCCAAAAGAUACUCAGCUAAUUAUCCUGUCAUUUUCAACAUCUUCCUGUGGUUCGGCAUUGUUUUCUUCUUUUCUCUUCUCGCUAUUUGCAUUGCCAUUGCUGGAAUGGAUCCAGGCCGUGACUCCAUCAUAUACAGAAUGACUUCCAAUAGAAUGAAGAAAGAUAAUUAGACUCUAAGUUAUCCUCAAACCAUUAAAUUUAUCACCUGACAGGCUACAAUGUCAUGAAGACCUCGCAGUCGCCUGCGUGUUUCUGAAAAAAAAACAUAUGUUUCGUGUGAAGCACAAUUGCGCCUAAAUGCGUUGCCGUUGUAAAUUCAGUAUAGAAUAUUUUAUCGUGUAAAUUACCCUGUAGAAACAUAAGUUAGCUAAUCAGUCGAUUGAUUUAAAGAUCAUAUCCUGUGGAGGAGAGGGUCCUGUGCAUUCCUUCAUACAAAUUGAUUAUAGAAAACUAAGAAUGAAUAGAAGUGAAAGGUAAAACAGUGACGACUCGCUCACAUACAUGGCGGAAAUUAACUAAACAAUUUAAGGUGAAUUAUGUUAUUGUUAAUUAAUAAACGAGGAAACAAUAAUUUGUUAGUGGAGGCGUGAACUGAAAAAUAAAUAGAUUUUUUGUUGAAUAUGGAAAAAUCUCGUUGUGGAUGAAAUUAAAAGACGUUUUAUGACGGAUGUAUUUAAUUGUUUCCGUUGUGGAAUUUUUUUGCUAACGAGUAGAUUUAGGAACGAAUCCCGAAAAACAUUUAUCAUACAGCAUUUCAUCAGCUACAAAAAAUCUGUUCUAACAUGUUCUCCAAAAAUCCCUCAGUUUCAAGAUAAAUCGGGAUAAACGUGUUAUCUUUUCACUUCACACCUUCUUUAAUGGAUUACUUAGAGCUGUAAAUUUAAUUACUACUUAGAAUGUUUACCAUCGACUUAAGAACAUAGAUAGAAAGAUAUGCAUAUACGUGUGUCUAGUGAUGUGAAAUCGUGAUUGAGUGUAAAAAUUACUGUAUCAAUCUGAUAAUAUAGAUUACGUUACUCUGAAGGUGAAGUCGCCCAGUCAUCGGUGAAAUUCCUUCCUCGACACUUGAUGCUGUAACAGAAUGAAUAAACUCGUGGUACUGUUGUUAA